AAAUUCCAAGGAACAUUCAAGAAGCCACAGAUCACAUUUAUGAGAUGAUUAUCCAAGAAGCCGCAGGUCACAUUCACGAGAUACCAGUAAUCGACAGUUACAUUCGCAAGAUGAUUAUCCAAGUAAUCAAUGAUCAAAUUCGUGGGGUCAUCAAAGUCGUCAUCAUCGACAUAGGCAAAAUGGAUCUCGACAUAGAUAAAAUUCAGAUCGCGAAGAAUCUCAACAUGGUUAUAGAAGUCAAC